CUCCUGUUUUCUCUCUCUGUCUUGACCUAAAAUUUCAAAAAAAGAGAAAGUUUGGGAGGAAGAGAGAGAGAGAGAGAGAGUCUGUUGGAUUUGUGUUCUUCCCCCUUUGUUGCCUCCUUUGCCUUCUCCUCCUACCUCUUUCAUGGAAAGAGAAGGAAACAGAUAGAGAGAGAGAGAGAGAGAGAGAGAGAGAGAGAGAGAGGAGAGAGAAGUGGAAAGAGAAACAGAGCUUGAAGCUUUGGCCCUCUCCUCCUACCUCUUUCAUAGCCCAUUCCUAAAUUCUCUCCCUAAUCGUUUCCUCUCCCCUUUGUCCCCAUUGAUAAAGCCCUCUGGUAUUCUCCCAAGGUCACAUCUUUGGCUCUUUCAGAUCGGAGACAAAAAAAAUCCAAUCUUUUCUUUCAAGCUGCAGGAAGUGACCUUUCCUUAGUGUUUUGGCGUUUUUCUUUGAGAUUUGACGGAAAGAUCUUAUCUUGCAUCUGCCUCGGUUGGAUCCCAGAAUCUUCUUGGGAAGAGCUCGGUUUUUCGGUUUCAUUCUUCGAAAAAAGAUCGGAUCUUGGUCGCAGAAUCUCCGAAGUCUCAAUGGGGAAUUGCUGCAUGACGCUCGCCGAUCCGGAGAAGAAGAAGCGGAAGAAGAAGAAGGAGAAGAGGCCAAAUCCCUUCUCGUUCGACUACAACCGCGGGCCGGGGGCCGGCCUCGCCGUCCUCACCAAUCCCACCGGCCGGGACAUCGGCAGCCAGUACGAGCUCGCGCAGGAGCUCGGUCGGGGUGAGUUCGGCGUCACCUACCUCUGCACCGACAAGGCCACAGGGCAUCACUACGCCUGCAAGUCCAUCUCCAAGAAGAAGCUGCGCACCGCCGUGGACAUUGAGGACGUGCGGAGGGAGGUGGAGAUUAUGAGGCAUUUCCCCAGCCACCCCAACAUCGUGAGCCUCAAGGACACGUACGAGGACGACGGCGCCGUCCACCUCGUGAUGGAGCUGUGCGAAGGAGGGGAGCUCUUCGACCGGAUCGUAGCAAGGGGGCAUUACACCGAACGAGCGGCUGCCGCUGUUACACGGACCAUCAUAGAAGUCAUUCAGGUGUGUCACAAGCAUGGGGUCAUGCACCGGGAUCUCAAACCUGAGAACUUCUUAUUUGGGAACAAAAAGGAAAAUGCACCAUUGAAGGCCAUUGAUUUUGGGUUGUCUGUGUUCUUUAAACCUGGUGAACAUUUCUCUGAAAUUGUUGGUAGUCCUUAUUACAUGGCGCCGGAGGUUCUAAAGAGAAAUUACGGCCCAGAAGUUGAUGUCUGGAGUGCAGGAGUGAUCCUAUACAUCCUGCUUUGUGGUGUGCCCCCAUUUUGGUCGGAAACUGAACAAGGUGUUGCUCAAGCAAUUCUUCGUUCUUCCAUAGAUUUUAAAAGAGAUCCAUGGCCAAAAGUUUCUGAUAGCGCUAAAGAUCUAGUCAGGCAUAUGCUUGAUCCAGAUCCAAAACAGAGGUUCACAGCCCAGCAAGUCCUUGAUCAUUCGUGGCUGCAGAAUGCCAAGAAAGCUCCUAAUGUAAAUCUAGGUGAAACUGUGCGUGCAAGACUCCAGCAGUUCUCUGUGAUGAAUAAAUUUAAAAAGAAAGCCCUAAGGGUGGUGGCUGAAUAUUUAUCUGUUGAGGAAGCAGCAGACAUAAAGGAUAUGUUUGACAAGAUGGACAUAAACAAAAAUGGAAAAAUAAACUUUGAGGAGUUGAAAUUAGGUUUGCACAAGCUUGGUCACCAGAUUUCCGAUGCAGAUGUACAGAUAUUAAUGGAAGCAGGUGACGUCGAUGGAAGCGGCACCCUGAACUAUGGAGAAUUUGUUGCUGUAUCAAUUCACUUGCGAAAGAUUGGAAACGAUGAACACCUUCAUAAGGCCUUCUCAUACUUUGAUCAGAACAAGAGUGGUUACAUAGAAAUUGAAGAGCUCAAGGACUCGUUGGUGGAUGAUUUAGGUCCAAAUCAUGAAGAAGUUAUUGAUGCUAUCAUUCGUGACGUAGACACUGACAAGGAUGGGAGGAUAAGUUAUGAGGAGUUUGCAGCGAUGAUGAAAGCAGGAACGGAUUGGAGGAAGGCGUCAAGGCAGUAUUCAAGGGAGCGCUUCAGUAGCCUCAGCUCAAAGUUGAUGAAGGAUGGAUCUUUGCAGCUGAAAGUUGGGGCAGAUUAAAACCAAAGAAACAUAUCUUAGAGUAUUUUGAAAUUGGAAAUCCUGUUUUUGGCAUUCUUGCUUGUUGAUUUCAAUUUAUGACUCAAGUCUGCAGCCACAUCUUUGGUUUUGGUCUUGUUGGGAACGACGAGCUAAUUGCCAGCUUUGUCCGGAUGUGUUCUGAUUAGAGGGAUGUUGAUGGGGCUUAUGGCUGUAACAAUGUGACUAGUUGUAGGAUGUUGAUGCAGGAAGGUGGAUGCCACAAGUUGGGGAAUGGCAGCUUAACCUUUCAUGCAUUUGGUCUAAUUAUUCUCUGUAGAUCUUGUCUGAUUGAAGCAAACUUUGAAUAUAUUAUGCCCUCCUUCCAAUCCAA